UAUUUUAUCGUCUUUCUGCACACUGCAGAUUUGCCUGUUUAGACUGGAAGACUGGGCACUUACUAAUAUUUACGAAAAAUGUUUGCUGAAAUCUUGAAUCACCUAAAAGCCACGGCUGAAAAUAGUGUUAACGUUAGCUGGAUGCUAAACGUCAUGGUAUCUGCUUGGAGCAGGGGCAAUGUUGACAGUUCAGAUGCACCGUUAGUGGCACUCGCUCUAUUUUGUAAAAUGCCCGAGUAAUGGCUGAUUUGCGUUCAAAAGACACCUGCAGUGUUGGGCUAUAUAACCUUCAAAUGCUUAACUCAAUAAAAAAGAUAACAUAGGCCUAUAUAUGCACAAGGUGAACGAGUAGCUUUAAAAGUCAACAAACUAUUUUUCCAGGUCAAUGCGUGGCUUUGAUAUUACAUUAACAAAUGUGCUUAGUAGGCACGGUUGGAAAUAACUCCCAACAUAUGCAGAGUUUGUUUGGGCUGUCCUGAGAUAGCUCAGAGGUCCUCCUACUUGAGUUACAUUCCAAGAGGAUCUUUUUUUGCAAGUGGCCUUCCAUAGUUAAGCACGUGCCUUGUGCCAUAAGCUAAAGAACUUACAACCUUUGCUUUAAUUUCUCACACACUCGCCUCACGUGCCUCUGUCGUUAUCUCCUUGUUUAGAACGUGUGUUUUGUUUUGGAACUAGGAAAUCGUAGGAAGAAAUCUGGACGAACUUCCCUGCCUGUUGUCGCGUGUUUCUGGAUGAGUGUAUUUUGGGGUCUCUGCCUACUUGCCUGUGUCUCGGUGUGUCUGUAUGUGCUGCUUCUGACGGUGUCAAACCCCCGUGUGCCUGGUGCUGAGUCUACGACUACGCCUGCUGAGCGUUUCUCCUUUGUGUCCGUGCAGCACAAGCUGAAGUCGUCGCAGAAGGACAAGGUUCGCCAGUUUAUGUCCUUUACCCAGGCUGGUGAGAAGACAGCUGUGUACUGCCUGACGCAGAAUGACUGGAAACUAGAGGUGGCCACAGACAACUACUUCCAGAACCCAGACCUCUACUACAAAGAAUCCAUGAAAACCUCAGUGGACCGGAAGAAGCUUGAACAGCUCUACAACCGCUACAAAGAUCCCCAGGAUGAAAACAAGAUUGGGAUCGAUGGCAUACAGCAGUUCUGCGAUGACCUCAACCUAGACCCGGCCAGCAUCAGCGUCCUGGUCGUGGCAUGGAAGUUUCGCGCCGCCACACAGUGCGAGUUCAGCAAGAAGGAGUUCCUUGAUGGCAUGACAGAACUAGGGUGUGACAGCCCCGAAAAACUGAAGGCACUGUUACCACGACUAGAGCAGGAGCUGAAAGACAGCGGAAAGUUCAAGGACUUCUACCAAUUUACCUUCAAUUUUGCCAAGAACCCUGGACAAAAGGGUUUAGAUUUAGAGAUGGCUGUGGCCUACUGGAAUCUGGUACUGACUGGCCGGUUCAAGUUUUUGGAUCUCUGGAAUAGAUUUUUAUUGGAGCACCACAAACGGUCCAUCCCCAAAGACACAUGGAACCUGCUGCUGGACUUUGGCAACAUGAUUGCUGAUGACAUGUCAAACUAUGAUGAGGAGGGGGCGUGGCCUGUCCUGAUAGACGACUUUGUGGAGUUUGCCCGGCCAAUCGUAACAGGAAGCAAGCGCAAGACGGUAUAAUCUCAGCCCCGCCUCUUCGGAAGGAGUGGGGUCUUGUUUUGCAUUGACUCUCUAGUUUUUUUUUAAAGACUUGUACAAACAUGGAAAAAAACAACAACAUAGAAAAAAAAGAAAAGCAGAAAAACACUUGAAGUCGGCAAGAAGAAAUCCAGUACAAGCAACAAAAAACACACACAGUACGCAGACCACCCGUCAAGAGGAAGUGCUACUGACGAAGACGUGGAAAAGGAGGAGGAGGAGGAUGGGGGGCAAGGCACGCAGGAAAAUAACGCUAGAUUCGCUUUCGAAGUCGCCAUGUGUGUGCAUUGUCAGCUGUUGGCACAGGCAAGCUAAUUCUAACCUCAGGCUCGAGAAGACGCCAUGGGGGACCAUCAUGUAUAUAUUAUCUGGACCCCCCUGCACCGUCCCUGGACCGCUAGCUGUGUACCACCUGUGGGAGAGGACGCCCUCUACCCACCCCUGCUCCCCCCCACCCACCCCACCUUAUGGCCACUCUUAAGAGUCGUGGGUGUGUGAGAGAGAGCAAAAGAGAGUGCGUGAGAGAGUGUGCAAAUAUCUCAGAGUACUUUGUUGUGCGGUGGGUUGAGAACUUUUUUUUUUUAAUUUUAUUUUAAUUUUGGUUUGUUUUUAAAUAAUUUCAAGUAUUUCCUGCAGGGCUUGGGAUGGUCGCACUAUAAACAGAUCCACUUUCUGAGCCAGAGUCCUGGGUUCUGAGCAGCAUGAGCAACAAGCUUGGCUCAACUCACCAGCACAAACACUAUUGUUACAGUUGUAAUAUACUGUAUCUACUGUAGCAGUGUGUACAGAGAGAAUUCUAUAAAGAAAUCAUAUUAAAAAAAAGUUAUAUGAAAAAAAGACACAAAGCUAGGGAGAGCAAACAAAAAAAGGUGUUUUGCGUACAGUGUGUCAACUCUGUUAUCCGAUGCCUCAAUAUCAUUUUAUUUCAGGUCAACCGUGUGACCAUAUCAUCUGUUCUUUUUGUUUUUUGGUUGUUUUGUUUUCUUGUUUUUUUCUCUCUCUCUCUUUCUUUCGGAUUGUAGAAGUUGGUGUGACUAUGUGCAGUUAUGUGUUUCUCAUCAGUUUUUGUUCACUACAUUUUUUUUGUCAGAUUUAUGUAAACGAAUAAAUUAUAGCUCUUUAAGUAAAACUGCUUUUAUUUCCUUGCCAUGUUUUUAUUUUUUAUUUUUGGAGAAUGGGGUUACGAUAUUUGUUGGUGUAUCUGGACAUGCGAAUAUAAGUUAUCGUGUACUUACAUGUAAUGUGUAUAUAGGUCCAUGGACUUCUAUAUGAAGUACUGUGUGUAUAUAUGCAUGUGGAAUGGCUAUAUGAUGACAAUACACAAUAUACUAAGACACAA